AUGGCUAUUUUUUUGAACAAAACUCUUCCCGACUUGUCAAAGCUUGAACCUUUGGAUGGAAACAAUUUUAAACACUGGUCUCAAAAACUCUUGUUUGAAAAACUACUUGUUGAUGUUCCUAACACUCCUACUGAUGUUUCUGAUGAUGCUGCUACUAUUGUUUCUGAUGAUGCUUCUAAAAAGAGAUUUGAAAUGGAUAACAAAACUGUUAAAGGACAUCUGCUGAACCAUAUGACUAACCCUCUGUUUGAUUUAUUUGUUACUAAUAAAUCUGCUAAGGAAAUAUGGGACAGUUUGGAAAAGAAAUAUGGUGUUGAUGACGCAGGGAAGAAGAAAUAUGUUGUAGGCCAGUGGAUUAAGUUCCAGAUGGUUGACAAUAAGCCAAUCAUGGAACAGGUUCACGAAUAUGAUAACUUGACUGUUGUUGUGCUUACCGUGGGCAUGAAGAUGUGUGAGAUUCUUCAGGACAACGUUCUGCUCGAAAAAUUUCCACUAUCUUGGAGUGAUUACAGGAACCAACUGAAGCAUAAGAAGAAGAACUUGUAG